UCAGAGUCCUUUCAGUGAUGCAGGAUCCUCUGUGGAGUAGAACCAGCAACAUAUAGGACUCUUGAGCAGAAUCCUUGCCAUGAGUCCAAUCGUACCUCACGGUAUGUUGUGAAGAUAAAUUCAUUAACAUUUGUGAAGCAUCCAGGAAUGACCAUUAUGAAAGCCAUAGAAAAGCCAACGAAGGAAUUAACAGUUCUGUCUUCAGAGCAAGGUUUACGUGGUGGGCGGCACAGUAGAAAAUUAGGAUAUUUUACUUCUAGCAAGUGAUGAUUGUUUUUCGUUCACAAAUAGGAAGGGCUGGAGUGGUGUGUGCGCGCUGUACGGAGUGUACUGGCCUAGUGUUGAGGAUUAUUCAAUCAACCUUCUUGGAUUUUCUGAAAAUAUACAAAAUGAGAAGAGCACAUGUGUGUACACACACGCACCAGGACACCUAAAAUUACACAAAAGGAACCAAAAUGGAACCUCUUAUAACGCUGUGCCUCCUAGAUCCACACUGGAGCAUUACUUCAAUAAUGAUUCUGAAGGAAUAAUGCCACCUACUAAAUCGUCAUCACAUCUUCCUGAAGCACCUGGAUUUUCCUUGGAAAUCUUCCAUUCAGCAGGGGGGAAAGUGGAGCACAUGGAUUUCUAAAAACGUUGGGAUUUUAUUAAAAAAAAAAAAACCACCACUGAAAACAGUCCAAUGAAUCGCAAUUGCAGAUCAAUGCAGAGAAAUGGGGAAACUUCACUCGAAACAUGCUGCCGUUUGUAAACCCAGAGAAAGUCCAGAAGGUGAUAGUUUUGCAGUGAACGCCUCCCUGGCUCGGAAAGGGAUUGAGGACUGGAUGGUGAAGCAGAAAUACUUCGGUAGCAGCGGGGGCAGCAGUACGGGACUCCUGCAAGGCUGCCAGCACCGGGCUGUUUGCAGGCUCUCCAGCACCAGGGAUCCGUCUGGUGAAGGUUACAGAGAGACAAUUGGUGAUGAACACUUCCGUCUAGAAGUGGCUUUGCCUCCAGAGAAGACAGAUGGUGUUUGCAGUGGAGAUGAAAAGAAAGCUGGGAAAGAAAGUGACACACAUACAAGUUCCAGGAAACAACUAAAAUUUGAAGAAUUGCAAUGUGAUGUGUCUGUAGAGGAAGAUAACAGGCAAGAAUGGACCUUCACACUGUAUGACUUUGAUAACAACGGAAGAGUCACACGUGAGGACAUUACAAGCUUGCUUCAUACCAUCUAUGAGGUAGUUGAUGCAUCAGUAAACCACUCCCCUAGUUCCAGUAAAACUCUGCGAGUGAAGCUUACUGUGGCACCUGAUGGAAGUCAGAAGAAAAAGAGUAUUUUACUAAACCCUGCUGAUUUGCAGAGCUCUAGGCACAGAGCUGAGAGCAAAGCCAAUGAAGAACUGAGAAGCUCUGAAAAGAAGCAGCGGGCUUCUCUCAGAUAUCACCCCAGUGACAACACUCCUGAGCAAAGCGGGUGCUAUCGCCAUUGCGUGGAUGAGAACAUUGAAAGGAGAAACCACUAUUUGGAUCUUGCAGGAAUAGAAAACUAUACAUCAAAAUUUGGGCCAGGAUCUCCUCCAGCAGCUCAGAAAUACGACCCACCAAAUAGAGCUGUGAAUCAGACAAGAUCUCGCUCUCAUGAACCUGAAAUCUUCCAUGCCCAUCACAGGAAAUCUCAAGUGGUGGACCCCAGCCACAUCAAUUUGGCUGAUGCCUCAUACGCCAAGAUUGCAGAAAUACAACAAAGGCUGCGCAGUCAGGACUCAAACAAGCACUUUGUUAGGUCUCCCAAGGUCCAGAGCAAAAACGUAGCCUCUGUUCACCCUGGAAGGGCAGUAAGGAAUAAACCUCUUCAAGGUGCAUCCAUGCCAAUGGCUUCCCCAACUGCACGGGUGGGCCAGAAUCUUCCUUACCUCCCCAUGCAGUCCCAGCAGGCUCACAAGAAACAUAAGCAGAGGGCAAAGGAGAAUCAUCAAAUGUGCAAAACCUUCCAUUCUCCGGGGACAGUUGUGGAAAAAGAGCAGGUAAGAGACCUGCCCGCAGUCAUUUUAUAUGAAGGCCAAGUUGGACAAAUGAUCCAGAGACAUGAACACCAUCACCACCAUGAGCAUCACCACCACUAUCAUCACUUCUACCAGACAUAAAACCGAUCCCACCAACAUCCUCCAGGAAUCCCCCCAUAUGAAGGAAACGCCUUCCUGUGACUUCAGACUAAGGCAUUAUUAUGAUUAAUAUUAUUGUUACUCCAUUAAUAUUCAGUUAGCGUAUAUUUUAGAAAUUAUACGAAACCAUUGAAACUUACACUAUUUAUACGUUGUGAAACUGCAUAGCUUACUUAACAACUUGUUGAUAUUGGUUUUUAAGUGGCUAGUAAAACAACAAACAGCCAGAGCUGUGAUUUAAUGCAGGUCAUCAACGCACUUCCUUUACAAGUACUUCCUUCAUUGUAUUAGAAAAAGAUACUUCAAACAACACUGCAGACAUCUAGCUUACCAGUCUGCCAUAUGUCGGCUUAUUGCACACAAGCCUUUUAUCAGGGGAGCAAUGUUCAAAGGUUUGGACUCCAGAAAUACUCAGAAUAACAGAAAAUACAAACAGCUGCUACCUCUAGUAUUAUUCAAAUUUUAUUUUCUUUUUAUUGAUUGUAAUGUGCUACAAGGGGAUUUUAAUAUACUGCAUUCAUGUAGCCUGUUUGUGUUGUACUUUCACUAUCUUAAUAAUUACAAGGAAAUAUUAGCUAUAUUUGUCAACAGAGCUACAUUUUACAACUGAUACUUUCUUUUUGCCUUCAAGGUUCUUUACUGACUCAAGUCCAGUCUGUUAGAUAUUGAGUAGUAUUUAAAUAUACUUACUUUUUUCUUUUAUUUACUCUCCAUUCUGCAUUGGGAAACCAUCUGAGGGGAAAGAAAAGAGAUGGAUGUGAACCCUCACUAAACCUUAAUGCUUGGGCCAUAACUAACAUUCAUUGUUUUGUUUUGUUUUGUUUUUCAUCCACAAUUCUUUGUUUUGAGAAAGAAUUGGAGGAAAAUAUACUUCUCACUUUAAAUGUUGGCAAAUAUAUAUAUAUAUAUAUAUAUAAAAUAUAAAUAGAUAAAUAUAUAUAUAUACACACACACUCUCAGGUACAUUUUCUUGUGUUUUAGAAAUCUGUGGUUUGAAUAUUAACAUUAUUUUUUUCUUAAAACAGUGACUUUUUAGGUAUGGUAUAAAACACAUACCCCAUGGCAUUUUUUUGGGUGCCUGCGAUUUGUGUUUCCCCAGCACCUACAGCUUUGCUCUGCUCCUUUUUUUAAAGACAAUUCAACAUGUAAAGAACGCUGCUCACAGUCAUUCUGGCCUCUACCACUCUUUUCAUAUCAAAGGGCUUCCAUUCCACAAAGUAAAAUGAGGCAAGACCUAUGAGACCAUUAUCGGCUGCUGAGAAAUUUAAAGGUCAAAUGCAAAUGGGAAAAAGUGUGACAAAAAAAGUCAGUAAAUCUGAGUUUUGCUUUCUAUGAGGCUCAGAUUUGUAGUACAUUUGUACAGUGCAGGCAAAAGUGACUAAAUAGCCACUGCUCUAUUGCUUUUGGAACUAAAAAGUAGAGUUCUGAUCACAUAGAAAUGUAACUGUUCUAUCAAACGUAUUUGCUUUUGGUUUUAGUUUCUUUUAAUUAUUUGUGUGUUUUGUCUACAAUGUAUAGUGUGAAAUGUUACUAUCCCACAUUUCUAAGGGCCCUUUAAGGAUAGGGCACGUUUUGUUGCAACUGCAGUCUGGAUCAGUUCAAGAUGGGAGAUUUCCCUGCUGCUGAGCAUUAAACCUGUUAGAAGGAUACUGUCCUAGGGAAGGACACAGAGACAUCGACAUUUAAAGAAAACGAUUUGGAAAGCCUUGCCUUCUUGUGGAAUUGGAGAGGAAUCACUGCUUGUGGGUAAUUAGUUCCAUCUCAUGGCUCCCAAAAUCAGCAGUUGUUUAGAAUUAUUGUCCCUUUGAAAAAUCUGGUUUAUUUUAAUUUCUUUUUUAGACGUCGACAUUGUGUUCUGUUAAAGCUAGCAAAAUGUUUUAAAGUGUGUUUGAUCUGUGUGACAACUAUACUGUUCUGUUUAUUUUAAAAUUCCUAAGUCCAAAAAUAUUUAUAUGCAGAAUUUUCUGUACUGAAAAUAUGAAACGGCCACAAAUUUGGUUAGUUACCACUGAGUUGUUCUAGUCUAAGCCUAUUUUGCUGCUUGUGUAUCAUUCUUUUUCAAUGUAUAUAUAAUUAUGGACUGCAAAAAAAAGGCAUUUACAUGUCUAGUAGAAGGAAUAAGCUUAUUUAUAUUAUAGUGUUAACGAAGUCUGAUGUAUUCAAGUGACUUAUGUUAUAUCGCAUGCAAACACACAAGUGUACAUUCCAUCUGAAAAGGGAUGCCAUGUUAUCUGUUCCUGAGAUGUAAGUGAUGCUGUUCUCUUUUCAGCAGAAUAUUUGCCAGCAUUCUGCAAUGUUAACAAAGGAAAUGGUUGAUCUUUUUAAAAAUACACAGAUCAUUGCUGGCCAAAAUAUUUGAAAUCUAGAAUAUAUUUAGUAUGUUUCAUCGGGGGGGGGGGGGGCAGGGGCUUAGGAGAGGAAGGAAUGUAGAAUGGGCAAAAAUUGCUCUAAAACCCAAAGAUAUUCUGCCAGAAAAGAUAACAGCAGUAGUAACAAACUCCCAUCUAAUCUAAACAUGUCCAAAGUUAAUAUCAAUGAAAGUGGACUCUUAAAACAGCGAAUCACAAUUGACCAUGAGCCACAACCUUGAACUUGAUUUAUUUUUUGAUAUCCAAAAGACAAAUUCUACCUUGCUUAUAUUCUGUGAAGUACAAAUGAAUUUUAAUAACAUGGCAUCCCCACGCUAAAAAAUUUGCACCAGCCAUGUACGAACAUACAGUAGCUAAAUACUGUGUUGCAUUUGUGUUACGUGCAUUAAGUGUGAAUAACUGCUCAUGUAGCACAGUUUUUUUUCACAGAACCCUAAGUUUCCGUAUCUUUUAAAAAUGUUUGCUUUUCAGUAUUUUGUAUAGUAAAUAUAGAUGGUUUUGACUAAAUGCUUUAUUUAUUUAAUAGCAAAAACUGUGCCAAGAGAAACUCCUGUUAAUUAAAGUUUUACUAGUUC